AACUCGCGCAACAUUCCCUUCAUCCCGUCUGUCUUUUGUUUGUUCGAUAUUUAUAAUAUUUAUAAUAUUUUCUGCUGAAUAUGUGAAGUAGAAAUAAAUUAAAAUCAAUCCGCAGCGUGUAACCGGGCCUCUCUCCUCCACACUCGCGCUGUUUGUAGAAAUAUCGCCGUUUUCUCCGAUGGAAGCCCGCUAACAGCACCGAGCUAGGAGCUAACUGUGGCUAACAGCUAACAGCUAACUGCUUUGUUUUGAUUCAAGAAAAAACUUUUAACUCAUUUACCGACAUGACGUCAGCGUCUGCUAAGGUCGGAGAGAUUUUCUCAGCAGCAGGAGCAGCGUUCACCAAACUGGGAGAGCUGACCAUGCAGCUGCACCCAGUAUCUGACUCCAGUCCUGCAGGAGCCAAAUGGACGGAGACGGAGAUCGAGAUGCUGCGUCUGGCGGUUCGGCGGUUCGGUGACGACCUGAACAACAUCAGCACCGUGAUCAAAGAGCGCACUGUCGCUCAGAUUAAGAGCACAGUGAAGAGGAAGCUGUACGAGGACAGCAGAGUCCCCAUCUCCUCCGAGUCCCCGAAGAAAACCGUCAAGAAAGCCGCCGUCGCCAUGGCGCCGACGCCGGCCCCCGCCGCCCCCGCCAUGAUCCCCGUGCCGACCUCGCAGGUCGUCGUGGCGACGGGAAUGCAGAACAGCCCGUCUCUGGCCCCGCCCAUCAAGAAGCAGAAGACGGCAGACGUGACUCUCAGCGCUCUGAACGACUCGGACGUGAACAGCGACCUCGAAGGCCUCGGAGACGGCUCGUCCAAUAAGAAGCUGAACUUUGACCAAGAGAGCCUGAACCUGGACUCCAGCCUCAUCAUGAACUCCAGUGACCUCCCGCUUCUGUCCCGCUGACCUCUGACCUCUGACCUUCCCGUCUGUGUUACAAACGCUUCGUUUUUUCUUUUAUUCUUUGUUCAUCUGACGACUCGCUGAGUCCGGUUUUAGUUUUUAAGACCAAAAAUCUCCAUUUUUAUUUUAUUUAAUGUUUAUUUUAAAGACAGUUUGUUGACAGAUGAACUUCAGACGUUUUUCAGCAGAAUCAUGUUUCAACUUUUUUAGUUUUCAUCGUCUGUUUGGAAACUUUUAAAAAAUCACAAAAGAAACAAAACUGUCGUGAAGCUGAAAUCAUCAUCAUCAUCAUCAUCAUCAUCGGCUUUAAAGUGAAGAAACAUCAGGAGAGAAAUCAGCUGAUGAAUCAUUAAUAAUGAGCCUCAGUGUUUAUUUAACCGUUACAAAGGGCUGAACAGUAAAAGCAGUUUAUGAGAAGAAUUUAAGAUAAACAUGAGUCUUAAUAAUUAAAAUUAAACCAUCAAAGAAAUUCGGAGCAAAAAAUUCAAAAAAACAGAUUUUUAAGUUCAGUUUUUGAGAGUUUAUGAAUUUAAUUUGUUUUUUUUGCUCUUUUUGUGAAACAUUAAAGUUUUCUUUGACAUGAAAAUCUAAAAUAUUGUAGAAAAACACCAAAUUCUUCAGCUGCUGAUUAUUUUCUUUAUUCAGUUUGUUAAAUGUUUAAAAAGCAAAACUUCUAAAAAAUCCUCAAAUUGAAAAAGCAGCAAAUAUUUGAAAAAAUCUGUUAAACUGAAAUAAUUUCACUGAUCAUUUAAGUUAAAAUGUUUGUUAUUUUUUGUACGAAUUUGAGGAUGAAACGUCUCAUCCUGCUAAAAAUCAUUUAAUGUUGCAGCAAAUAAAUAGUUAAAUGUUCAGAGACUCAAACUGCAGUAAAAGUUUCUUGUGAAAUAAUAAAUAAUAAACUGUUCAGUCAGAUUUAAAAUGAUAAAAAUCAAUAAACUGAGGAAUAAAAGAUGCUGAACGUACAAAUAACUGAUUUAUUUUAAUGAUUCAUCAACGUUUCUCCUCCUGAAAGUCGUUAAACUCAUAAAUCUGAAGCUUCAUGAAUCUCAGAACAGUUUGUGGACAGAAGAAGAAGAAGAAAGUGUCUCAGUGUGUCGUUGGUUUGAUUCCCGUGUUCAUUAAACUGUCCGCGUGUGUUUCAGCUGCUGAUCAUGACGCAGCGACUCAGAAAACAUUCAGACUUUAGAUCAGUGGCUGCAAGAUGUAAAAAAACAUGUUUUAAUUAUGUUAAGUAAAAAAAA